AUGACAAACUCUACUUUACUUACAACUCUCAAAAUACUGAUUAUUUUCAUAUGCGCAGCUUGGAUUUCUCUUUGGAUUCUGAAGCCAACUCAACCAUGGACAAGAAUAUGGAAACAUGCAGAACAAAGUGCCAAUAAUACAAUUUUUGGAUACUAUGGUCUAAACUUUGCUGUUUAUACAUUUCCUAUAAUUGCUCUUGCAAUAAUUGGACUUCUUUUCCUGGAUUUGAAAGCUGGAUAUCAAAGAACCAGAAGUGCAAGGAGUUCGUCAAUAGUGUUCUCAAAUCCACUUGUGGUGAAUAGUCUUUUUGGAAUCUUAACCAGUAUUGAAAUACUGGUAGUUUUUCUUGUUAUAGUCUUCUUGGGAUGGACUUAUUAUGCUCGAAUUUCUAACGAUUUCAAAAAGUUGAUGCAAGAUAAAUCACUCAAACUGAAUUUAUGGCAACUUAAGUAUCUCAGAAUAGCGACAAGGUUUGGUUUGUUAGCAGAAGCUUGUUUGGCUUUGCUUCUUCUUCCGAUUUUAAGAGGCUUGUCUCUAUUUCGCAUAUUUGGUAUUCAAUUCGAAGCUUCAGUUAGGUAUCAUACAUGGAUUGGAACUGCAAUGAUACUUUUUGCUACAAUACAUGGUGCCAGCACUUUGUUUGUUUGGGGCGUCAGCCACCAUAUUCAACAUGAGAUUUGGAAGUGGCAAAAGACGGGACGUAUAUACCUUGCUGGGGAGAUUGCACUUGUUAUCGGGCUAGUUAUCUUCGUUACUUCACUUCCACAAAUUAGAAGAAGAAAGUUUGAAAUAUUCUAUUACACACAUCAUUUGUAUAUACUCUUUCUAGUAUUUUUCUUGUUCCAUGCUGGAGAUAAGCACUUCUAUAUGGUCUUUCCGGGAGUGUUUCUUUUUAGCCUUGACAAACUGCUCCUUAUAAUUCAAUCGAGUCCAAAAACUUGCAUAGUUUCGGCUAGAGUUUUCCCCUGCGAAGCUGUGGAACUAGUUCUGCCGAAAGAUCCGAGGCUAAAGUAUAACCCUACAAGUGUUGUGUAUAUGAAGAUACCGACUAUAUCACAUCUUCAAUGGCAUUCAUUCAGUAUAAUAUCGAGUUCAAAAGCUGAUGAAAAUAUCAUGUCUGUGAUGAUUAAAUGUCAAGGAUGGUGGACCAAUACUCUUUAUGAUUUGAUACAAACUGAGCUAAACAAAGGUGCUGAUAAAAGAAAGGGUAUACCAGUUGCAAUUGAAGGACCCUAUGGACCUGCUUCAUUAGACUUUUUAAAACAUGACAGUGUACUUAUGGUUGCGGGAGGAAGUGGCAUAACACCAUUUUUGAGCAUAUUGGCCGAGAUUGAUUCAACCACCAACAAGAAUAAAUUUCCGUUAAAGAUACAACUUGUACAUGUCAUAAAGAGAGCACAAGAUGUUUGUUUGUUACAUUCAAUCACGCAUCUGCUACACAACCAAGCAAGCCGAAAGUUUCAUUUGAAAUUAAAAUUGUUUGUAACACAAGAAACGCAGCUAGACCUGGGAAUUACGGAGCUGUUAAAUGAGUUUGUGAAAGUGAAAACCCUGAAAUUGGAUACUGUGAGCUCAAGAUAUUAUGCAGCUUAUGGACUUGAAAGUCCAGUUUGGAUGGCUGCUAUUACUGGAUGUUGUUCCAUCACUUUUCUUGUUUUUCUAAUCUGUUUCAACCAUAUAAUAAUUCCGUUCAGAAAAAAGUCCAAAUUGUCCAAAGAAAAAACUUCAUCUUGGAUUGUGGAUUUACUUCUGAUAGCUGCUUUUGUCGUAGCUUUAUCUUGCAGCGCAUUGAUAGCAAUUGUGUUGAGAUGGAGAAAGUUGAAGAAAGGGAUUCCGCCGAUGUCGCAGAAGGAAAUGAAACCCUUUGAUCAAAGUUCAGCUGAAAUUAAAAAUGAUCUUGAAGAACAUGAAGUUCAUUUUGGAGGAAGGCCUAACUUCAAAGAUAUAUUAGGCCAGUUCAAGAAUGAAACGUGUGGAUCUAAUGUUGGAAUUUUGGUUUGUGGACCUGAGAGCAUGAAGGAAUCAGUGGCGGCAGCGUGUCAGCAGGAAUCUGAGUGUUUCAAGUUAGGUGUAAAGAGAACAGAACCAUGCUUCACUUUGCACUCUCUCAACUUCACUCUUUAG